AGAAGGCACGAAAAGCUGCAGAAGGAAACAAUCCAUCUUCCCAACACAUUGGUGCAGAUACUCCACCAAGUCGAGCCAUCCAGGUCUGUGUGAUGCCACCGCGGUGAUUUCUCCUCUCUGCUGCCUUCACCACGGAGCACCGGAGCAACCUGUGCUGGAAGCGGGAGCCUGUUGCCUGGAUACCUCUGCUGUCGCCACGACGGCAAAAAGCCAGGGCUGAAGAAGCGCGUGUGCUGUGUGCUUGUCUUGUGUGAGCUGGCGUCGGUGUCAUGGGAAAAACACCGCUGGCUGGCAGUUUGGACGGCUCCCUCACACGUCCGCUCCCUGGCUGUUCGCUGACAUCGCAUGUAUGAAUGAAGAAGGAAUCUCCCUGCUAUGGAGGCUUCCAGGAGAGCCUGAGAGAGGGGCCGGGCGUGCGAGGAAGUGGGGGCUGGCUGGCACUCUGGUUUGGAAGAUGAAGAAAGCUGAUUUGUAGAGAGGAAGGGAACAAUCACUUUAACUGCUGAGUUAAAGAGUGGAGUCAACCGGGAAACAAGACCCAAAGACGGAAACGCUAAGCUGCAGCUGCUGGGAAUUGGGCUACUGGGGGGGAGGCAAACUAAAGUGGUGUUGUCUGGGUCACCUGAGCAGCUAGAGGACUGUCUGGAACCAUGCAGGUCCAGUCGUCAGCUGCACUCUCUAAAGCCUCCAGCUUCAUCCUCAAUCAGAGAUGUGUGUUGGCCUCUAAAAUGGAAAUCCACCGUGAACAGAGCAUCUGCCAGGCACGGGCUGCUGUCAUGGUGUACGACGAUGCCAACAAGAAGUGGGUCCCUGCUGGAGGUUCCACAGGCUUCAGCAGAGUCCACAUCUAUCACCACACGGGCAACAAUGCCUUCCGCGUGGUUGGACGCAAGAUUCAGGAUCAUCAGGUGGUGAUAAACUGUGCCAUUCCCAAGGGGCUGAAAUACAACCAGGCCACUCAGACCUUCCACCAGUGGCGGGACGCUCGACAGGUCUACGGCCUUAACUUCGGCAGUAAGGAAGACGCCAAUGUGUUUGCCAGUGCCAUGAUGCACGCACUGGAGGUGCUCAACUCCCAGGACACAGGCCCCACGCUGCCCAGGCAGGGGCCACAGGUUCAGAAUGGCCCCUCACAAGAAGAGCUGGACCUGCAGAGAAGGCAGCUCCAGGAGCUGCAGCGACAGAAGGAGAUGGAGCGAGAACGUCAGGAAAAGGAGCGCCAGGAACGAGAGCGCCAGGAGCAGGAGCGUCAGGAAAAGGAGCGCCUGGAGCGGGAGACGCUGGAGCGGCAGGAACGUGAGCGCCAGGAGAAGGAGGCGCAAGCGGAGAGGGAGCGGAUGGAGCGAGAGCGCCAGGAGCAGCAGGAGCGCACAGAGCGUGAGGUGAUGGAGAGAGAAAAGGCAGAGCGAGAGCGACUGGAGAAGGAGCAGCAGGAGCAGUUGGACAGAGAGCAGCAGGACUGGGAGAGAGGGAGACGCAUCUCCAACGCCGCGCCCCCUGCUGCUGCAGCUGCCGCCACUUGUGUCUCUGCUGAGCACCUCUCCCUCCCCGUGGGUCUGGGCCUGGCAGGGCCUCUGGAACCGGACGUGGCUCAGUGGGGCCCCUGCUGUCAGCCCCAGCCCCAGGAUGCGGCUCAGACCCCGGUGCUGACCACCCCCACCCCUCCCCCACCUCCGCCCCUGCCACCCGGCUCCACUGUGACCUCGACACCCGCCACCCCCACCACCCCAGCCGGCCACCCUCCUCCACCGCCGCCUCCUCCUCUCCCUCCCACCCUGACCCCAGGCGGGACACCACCUCCUCCACCAGGGGCUCCACCGCCGCCUCCGGCUCCGCCCCUUCCUGCGGGACUCUUCUCUCCCACGGAGGACCGCCCCCUUUCGGGCCUGGCCGCUGCCCUCGCUGGAGCCAAGCUGCGCAAAGUGCCAAGGAGUGACGAUGCAGGGGCGGCUCUGGCAGCUGCCCUGUCAGGAGCCGCAGGGGCCAAAACUGAGGCCAGAGGCAACGGGCCUCUGCCAGGAGGAGGAGGGCUUAUGGAGGAGAUGAGCGCCUUACUGGCCAGGAGGAGAAGAAUUGCAGAGAAGGGCUCCUCACCUGAACCUGACCAGAGAUCAGAGGAGGGUGAGAUCAACACAACCCCCAAAAUGUCUGCCUGUAGCACACCAGACAUGCCCAGGAAGCCAUGGGAGCGAACAAACACCAUGAAUGGUAGCAAAUCUCCAGUGAUUGGAAGACCCAAAUCCACCCCGACACCUACUGCAUCCUUAAGUGCCAAUGGUGUGCCAACAGAAUCUGUUGAUUAUGACAGGUUGAAACAGGACAUUCUCGAUGAGAUGAGAAAGGAGCUGUCAAAACUAAAAGAAGAGCUUAUUGAUGCAAUCAGGGAGGAGCUGGGCAAAUCCAGCACUGCGUAGAGGAUCCACGCUCCCUUUCACUCAACAUCCACACCCAUGUGACCAGAAAGCCAACCACAGUCCAAUUCAGAUGAGACAAUUUAACAGCAGAGCAAAGAAAGAAAGAAGUAGUAGUAAUGGAGACGGUGACUAUGACAACAAUCGUAUAAUCCCACAGAACGGACAGAAUUUGGUGCGGAGUGGUGUCAGAAGUGGGAAGAAUCCACUCAGUGAACCUCCUGUUUCUGCUGCCCCUUCUGACCCCCAUCCUCCCCCACAUCGCCUCCUGGAGGACAGGGCACAGUCUGCCAGAGAAGUGACUUGUCUUUAUGCAAACACGCUUUCUCUUUUUUAUUUUAAUUUUUUCGCCCCACAGUAACAACGGUACCUAAACACAACACUGAACUCCUCACAGAUGCUGUAGUACCCGCUGAUGCUCAGAGUCUGAACUCCUGGAAUUUCCUAUCUGAUGUUUUCCUGAGAGAGAGCUCAGAGACAGGAAGAAGUCUGGAACUAGAACUCUAAAACCUUUUCCCAUAAUGCCAUUGCGGUAGCGCGCGCGCGUGUGUGUGUGUGUGUGGAUGUGUGUGAGCGUGUAUGAGGGACUGCCAAUCUCUUCUGUAGUCCACCUCUGCAGGACACUGUAAAGCUCGUCUUCCUUCAAAUGCUAUUUUAACCUGAAUAUGUAUAAAACAAAGAGAGAGAUAUUUAGAGAGAAAGUAUCUUAUCAAGCGCGUCAGUUUUGUUUAGAUCAACAGUACGGCCAUAUUUAGUAGCUCAAUAAUCCAGUCUUUUAAUGGGACGCACUCAUGUCUGUCUGUCAGUGAACUCCUAACCUGAUUUGUUGUAUUCUGUCUCCAGUUUUCCGCUCAUUUAUUUCUCUGUAACAUUCAGCGACGGAUGGAUGAGAUGGUAGGCGGCGCCCCCCGUUGUAGCUCUGCUCCAGGAUUUAUCGGGUUCAUGCUGUCACCCUUCUCUCCGUUCGUCAUACUUGGGUGCUCUGUUGGUGUUGGAAGCAUGUAGGGUUUUUUUUUCUCGUUCUAUUUUUGUUUGACACUAUACAAUGAGGAUCACAAGUCUGCCACGAAACUGCAUUAACUGUCUCAAGUUUUCUUACAAGCAAUAAGUGUAGCAUUAGUUCCAAGGCCCACGCUCACCAUCCCAACGCCGCCGCGGGUUUGAAGCAUCCGUCGUGGAAAACUCAGCAGCACUGUAAAACAGACUUCUGGAAUUGCUUUUGGUGUAUUUUUCUACCAAAUCCAAGAAAAUCUUUAGCCGCUCCGCCGCCCCCAACCCCCACAUCAAUAGCAUAACACUUUAAAGACGUUCUCCAGAGGGUGAGCAUGCAAGGACACAAUGUGCCAUUUUGUUUCUCUUAUUUCCUGCCUUUAUUUUUCUGCUGCUGUUAAAAUCAUCCAAUGAGACCUGCAUUUCCUAUUCCUUUAUCCUCAACACCUUUUUUCACGCACCCUUCGGUUCCGUACAGCACCGUUUGUUUUGUUAAACGCUCAAAGUACAAUCAACUUGAGAGGGACGUCUUACAAGCUUAGAGGCUGGUGUCCAAACGUUGAAGCUGUAGAUUACAGAUUAUGGAGAUUACAGGCCAGACAAACCAUUUAAAGUCCAAGUUACUGCUCAGUAUUCCCGUGUUGUGUGAAUGAGAUCCUAAAGAGGGAGAGUUUCACCAGUGCAGUGGAACCAGAGGACUGCCAUGCAGCCACUCACAGCUGCUUCUCUAGGGAAAUAUUUUUACCCCAUCAUAAUGAUACCUGAAUUGAAAUAGUGUUUUUUCUGUGAAAGACUACACACCAAAGAGCAAAGGAAUCUAAUCAAUCUCAAAGAGACUGGGAACUAUAGUUAAAUAUCUCUAUAAAAAUGCACACUGGGGUCUUAAGAGCUGCAAAUGAAGUCAUAAACCUUUACAAUUUGGAUUAUAUGAGGAAAUAAAACAGCUGUCAGUGUGCAGUGAGCAGGCACCAUAAGGCAGGAUUUAACUGCCAUUGUGAAAAACAAAACGAGUACACAGUUUAAACUUUGAACUACAGUGUCUUUAUAAUGUGAAAUAAAAAUAAUUCUCCAUGUGAAUAUUUUAGAUCUUUAGCUUGAGGAUUGUAAAAGCUGCCAACAUCUCCAAAUGCAGUGUGUUUUAUGAAACUUAAAAUGAUAGAGCAGAGCACUUUUUCUGCUCACAGCCUUCCUGUUAUCUAGUGAAAGUCUUGGACAGACACAUUGAAAUAGUUUUUUACAUCUCUUACUUUAUAUAAAAUACCUCGCUGAUACUGAAGCGAGUUAGCUUUUAUCCCUGCAAAGAGUUCUUUUACCAAAACUAGAGAGUGGUUAGGUAUGCUGCAUUCACUGACUAGAAAAAUAUUGGAUUUCUGAUUUUUCUAUUGAUUGGUCGCUGAUCUGGGCUCAUCGAGCUGACAAUCGACCUAGUUGGGUCACCAGCUGAUUUUUGGAUCAUCUGUAGUUGUAAGAGUUCAGCUAGCUUUGUACACUACCCAUGCUCGGCUUCUUAUGCUUAUGCACAAAUUAUUUGUCGAUGAGUGUGUCCCUGUAGCUGUGGAAACCCUUGCUGGAUCUCAUUUGACACAACUAUGAUAAAGGGCUUUGAUGUCAUAGCUUUGCUACACUAGUAGACAUCACACUCAGUCAUCUCUCUCAUCAAAACAAGAAAGGUUCUGGUGUCACUUUGCUUGGACAGACGCCAUCUUUUAAUUUAACUGUAUAUAUUUUUUUCUAGUAGGCAUGCUCUGGCUCUAUAUGUUAAUAAUCCAAACUCAUCUUCACAUCCAUCUUUUUCUGAUUAACGCAGCCGGCCUUCAGGCCUCCUGAGCUGCACGUUUACUCAAAAAUGAUUGCACUUUAUGACAGAACUGGCAAAGCAAUCCUUCAUCCCCAGAAAGUAGUCAUUUAGGGCCUCUGCUGCCAGUGGCAUGGCUCUCUCACCAAAGGAUUUAAGCCAGUAGCCUCCUGCUGAACAUCAUCACUCCCAACAAAAGUCGCCUUUCUUAUUUUUGUAUCAUUCUGUCUAGAGACCUAAAAGCAAAAGGUGUUUUGGGUGUCCGGUGAAAUGCUUUGAUGGGGGGUAGAAUCUCUUUGUAAAGCGAUGUGGUUUGUGCCUUGUUCCGAAGUUGCAUUUAAUAUGUCAAAGAUUUAAUAGUAAUAAUAUGUAGAGGCUGUCGUAGUCUUUUUCAUUUAUCUUUAUGGUCUGACUCAUUUAAAGGGAGCGCUCAGUCGGCUUUGGUACCGUUUCCCACCAAUGAAACAUCUUUGCACCAGGAUUAUUUUAACCCGAAUAUGAUCUAUUUAAACACUUGUUAAAUGUUUCUCUUACAGCUCAGAAGUACAAUCAAACGAUAACAUGAGACCAGUAAGAGUUAAGAACGAACUUCAGUCUGAUGUAAUUUCUUAUAUUAACCUAAAUUUCUGUUUGGAAGUGCAGAUGGAUAGGCGUCUCGAAAUGUCAAAGACUGUUUUUUGGUUCAGCAUCAUUGCUUUUUUUGAACCAAACUCCAGAAAAGUAAAGAUGCGACACGACCCUGAUUGCAGAUAGUUGGAUUCUUUUCUCAUCUGCAUUGUACCAUACUGUUACUCGUGUUAAUCAGUCUUUUCUUACUUGCUAACAUGCUGUUUUGUUUGAGCAAAUAAAAUAAAAGUUGCAAUAAAAGAUAAAGAAUG